UCCAAAUUCCAAUCAGAAUGUGUUCAAACCGCGACUAAAUCGGACGUGUGUGUUUUCGGGCGAGUGAAGGUUUUUUUUUUCUCUGCUUCGGCUGACCAAUCAUCCAGGAAUUUUGCGCGAGAGACAUUUUCUGACCCGUCGAAUUCGAUUUUCCACGCGUAGUUUGGUGCUAGAUUGUGCGGUAAUUGAGCGGCGAAAUGGUUUGGGGCUUUGUGACGUGCGGUCCAAAUGAGGCGCUGGUGGUUUCAGGAUGCUGCCACAUGAAACCAUUGUUGGUUCCCGGAGGUCGAGCUUUCGUAUGGCCAUCGGUGCAAAGAGUUCAACGAAUCUCUCUCAACACGAUGACGCUGCAGGUGGAAAGCCCAACAGUUUACACCAGCCAGGGUGUUCCAAUUUCCGUGACCGGCAUUGCCCAAGUAAAAAUACAGGGCCAGAACGAAGAUAUGCUGCUGACGGCGUGCGAACAAUUCCUCGGCAAGUCCGAGGCGGAGAUUCAGCACAUUGCGCUGGUCACGCUGGAGGGACACCAGCGCGCCAUUAUGGGCUCGAUGACGGUGGAGGAAAUUUACAAGGACCGGAAGAAGUUCUCCAAACAGGUGUUCGAGGUUGCCUCGUCGGAUUUGGUCAACAUGGGUAUUACGGUGGUGUCGUACACGCUGAAGGACAUUCGCGACGAGGAGGGUGCUAAGGGCUACCUGAAAAGCCUCGGUAUGGCUCGUACGGCCGAGGUGAAGCGUGACGCCCGUAUUGGCGAGGCGGAGGCCCGCUGUGACGCCACCAUCAAGGAGGCCAUCGCCGAGGAGCAACGGAUGGCCGCUCGGUUCCUCAACGACACCGAGAUCGCCAAGGCUCAGCGUGACUUCGAACUGAAGAAGGCCGUCUACGACGUCGAGGUGCAAACGAAGAAGGCCGAAGCCGAGAUGGCCUAUGAACUGCAGGCUGCCAAGACCAAGCAGCGCAUCAAGGAGGAACAGAUGCAGAUCAAGGUCAUCGAACGUACCCAGGAGAUUGCCGUUCAGGAGCAGGAAAUGGCUCGCCGUGAACGUGAACUGGAGGCCACCAUCCGGAGACCGGCCGAGGCCGAGAAGUACAAGCUGGAGAAACUGGCUGAAGCCAACAGAAACCGAGUCAUUUUGGAGGCCGAAGCUGAAGCGGAAGCGAUUAAGGUUCGCGGAGAAGCUGAAGCAUUUGCCAUCGCAGCCAAAUCGAAAGCCGAAGCCGAACAGAUGGCUAAGAAGGCGGAAGCCUGGCGCGAAUAUCGCGAGGCUGCCAUGGUCGACAUGCUGUUGGAUACGUUGCCAAAGGUGGCCGCCGAGGUUGCGGCUCCGCUGUCGCAGGCCAAAAAGAUUACAAUGGUAUCCAGUGGCACCGGUGAGGUCGGUGCGGCAAAGCUCACCGGCGAAGUGCUACAAAUCGUCAACAAGAUUCCGGAUCUGGUCAAAUCGAUCACUGGCGUGGACAUUUCUCGGUCGGUACACGCUGGUUAGAGCCCCAGAUUGGUUGGCGAUCGGGUGUCGCAAGUCGCCUAGAUUUCAGGCCAUCUACUGAGGCGGUGGAGGAUGUGUCAACGACGACGACGAUGACGACAACGACCAACAGCAGACCCAGUAAAUUUCACAGAGACCGUACGCGCGGUCAACUACAUAAUGCGGAAAUGCGACGACCAUCGGAUCCCGAUGAUGUUGAUUUUCGUAGCUGAGCUUUACAAAUGUUUUGUUAAAUAUUUUUUGGUAAGUUGCUUUUUUAGUUUAUGUCAUUUGUUUAUAUGUGUAUAUUUGCAGUUUACUUUUAUGUAUAUUUUGGGAUGGUUUUCUAUUCUUGUAAGAUAAUUUUGUUUUAAAGAGUUAUAUUGCCAUUUAUAUUGUUUAAGUAUCGUUUCCUCUAUUUAACGAUUAAGAAUCAAUUUUUGUCUUCUAUUCAGUUUUCUUCUUCUUUCGAUCCGAUCGAGUCGGUAUUUCCUCUAAAAGAAGGGGCUUUUCCCCACUUUCGAAUCGUUUUGACAUCACUGCCACAGCAUUCAAUUUAUAAAUCGAAUCAUGAAAAGCACAAUAUUGCACACACUUUGGAUACUAAAAAAAUCAUAUUCUUUUCGAUAUGGAGUGUAUCUCUGUGGCUGACUCGACCGAGGAAAGAAACGUGGAAAGUAAUCGAAACGUUACCACUUGUACCACUUACGAUGUGAUUACAUACCUCUUCCGUAUUACCGUCGUCUGCUUUGGAAGAGUCAGGCUUAGGGAUGGGAACAGUCACGAAUAUGAAAUAGGUUAGGAACUCAUUUCCAUAUCGAUACUUUUUUCAUCCCUAGUCAUGUCCAACCAUGCACAUCUGUUAGAAAAUUCGUAGAUGGGACCCACAAAAGCAGGGUAGAUCAUUCAAUCAACACUUAGCGAAAAUACUUAUAAAACUCGAACUAGAAAUUUCCCCUAACUAUUACCGAUAAAACUCGAAAUGUGUCCAUCCACUCGUUUGGCCUAUGCUAUUGAAUGAUUUCAAUCGAAAAUUUAAUAAAUUUAAUUGUUUGGAUUCUAAUCCUCUCACCUAAGUAACAUGAUAUUGAUAUUUUCAUGAAAAUCUUAUUAGAAAAGUCUGUGGUAGUUAUCUUAACGCUUAUGCAAACAAAAUAAGUUGCAUAAUCGUUCAUUGUAACUUCUACAAGCACCACUACAUAAAAUCCAUAAAAGAAAACACAAACUAGCGUAAAAAAUAAACCCAUUUUUCGGUAGGUGUAGAAGUCCUUAAGCAAAACCCGAUUUUCGGAAUGUCGUGACCUUAUUGGGAUUCGUUUGUUUCGGUGUAUAAACGCCAAGUGUAUUAAAUUAAGCUGAUGUGAAAACAGAACGUAAAUUCAAAAUUCAAAGACCUGAAAAAAUCUAAAACAAUUACACUAGCAAACCUGCUCGCAUUUAUAGGUGAAUGAAAAAAAAAGAACAGAGGCAUCAGUUGGGACAAAAUAUUUAUCGACACACCCAAAGGAAAAAAUAUAUAUUUUAUAAUGAAAUUGCUUGAUCGAUGGAUUACAGGCAACUUAAAAAAAUAUAACACACUUUAAAAUGGGGACAACCAAAGGCAAGAUUUCUCGAACAGAGUGUUUAAUUUUCUCGAUAUGAAAACCAGUGCAUAAUAUAAACUAUAGAUAUGUUUACUAGCAGUAAGACGAUGCUAGCGAAUGCGCAUAUAAUCUCUGAUUGUGUUUAUUUCUUCAUCGGAUAUGAAACGUUCAAAGUAAUAAAAAUCAAAUAGUACUAAAGCCAAA